CUUGGCAUGUUGUUGUUUUAGAAACCAUCGUAACGGUUCUGAUAGCUUACCAGCUAACGUAGGCUACUUAUUCUUAGUAACUUGGCUAAUCACGAGCUAGAAUCUAUAUUGAGUGAUAUUUAAGUAUGCCUGCACACCGAUAAAGGAUGGGGUGUAAAACCAGCAGAAUUCGACUUUGAAUGGACAUUACUGCAGCAUGACCUUUUCAGUGUUUCAAGAUGCCAGCGGGAGAGAGUGAAGCCAGAGUGAAGACAAAGGCCCUCUUUGAUGAGGUUAUAAAGAGGUACACGGACCCCCCGACACAGAAGAAAAAGUCAAAGAAGGACACCAGACCGGAAGAGAAUGUAGUUCUUGAGACCUUGAAGAAAAAUCUGGACCUCUCCAAAGGUACCGAAGAUGAUGAGACUGUCUUCAACAACACUUAUCAGCCCAAGGAAAGCCCCCGCAACACCAAAAACAGGCAGCGAGAGAGAGAGCUGGCCGAGAAGGCCAACAACAGCGACGAGACCAAGGAAGAGUCCAAGCGCUCCAAAAGCCAGAAAAAGAGCGCAAGGGCACUGCCCCCACUUCUGGAGCCCACUCCCCAGGACAUAGGCUGGGAGGGAGUGGAGGAUGCUGGGAAUAUAUUGGAGCCCAAAGCCACCCUGCGGAAGGAAGGCCCUGGGAAGAAGGCAGGGAGGCACAAGAAGGGGCAGAACAAAGAGGUGGAAGAUAUCAGGGGUCGGGGGGUUGAGCUGGAGGCAGAGGACGAGCUCUUGCAGGAGUACCAGCAGCGAAUUGCUGAGCAGGAGGAGAAGCCAGUCAGGGGGAUGUUGGACAGAAAAACAGCAAACAGGGCGAGUGAUACCGAGCAGGGGAUGGUUCUGAACAACGACGUUGGAAAAAAGAAAAGGAAGAAGCUGAAAUCGCAUGCGGCAGAGGGAGAAGUUGGUCCCGAGGCCAUGGAGAAUAAAACAAAUUCAAAGGAUUUUUCUGACGCUGAGAGAGAGGGACUGAGCAAACCAUCAGCAGAGAUGGAGGAAGUGGAGGAAAGUGAAAAAACACCAAAGGAAAGAGGGAAAAAGAAGAAGAAACAAAAAAUCGAGGUGAGGGCAGAGAGUGGUGAGGAGCCAGAGGGCCCGGUGAAACCUGCCUUCGACGAUAGCCUUGUCCUGGGAGUCUACAUCCACAGAACAGACCGGUUGAAGACAGACCUGAUGGUAUCUCAUCCCAUGGUCAAGGUCCAUGUCAUUGAUGAGAACACGGGCCAGUAUGUGAAGAAGGAGGACAGCCAUCGGCCGGUCUCGUCGUUUUACGAGCAAGAGAACGUGGACCACGUCCUUCCCAUCAUGUCACAACCUUUUGACUUCAGGAAACAUAAGUCCACCAUCCCUGAGUGGGAGGAACAGAUCAUCUUCAAUGAACGCUUUGGCUAUUUCCUCCAGGCUGAAAAUGAAUGCCCCAGAGUGAUACUGUUUUUUGAGGUCCUUGAUUUUCUGAGUAUGGAUGACGCCCGGGCAACUACUGAAGUCGACCACCACGAACGGGGCUUCCGCAAAAUCGCAUGGGCUUUCCUAAAGCUGGUGGGGACAAACGGGAUGCUGAAUGUGGACAGCAGGCUGAGACUCCAGCUGUACUGCCCGCCACCUCGUGCCAGGAAGGUCCCACACACGGUGGAGGUGGUGGAGUGGUGGAGACGUUUCCCCAGGAACAGAUACGCCUCCACGCUUUAUGUCACGGUCAAGGGCCUAAAGCUACCUGAACACGUGGACCCCAGCAUGCGUUCCAUGAUGGCCCUGCAGCAAGAGCGGGGCAGCACCUCCUACAGUGAGCUCCAGAACGAGUUUGUCAGGAAGAGCAACGGCCAGCCGGUCGAGAGUCAAGCCCCAGUCGUGAAAUGGAGUAGGGCGCCCGGACAGGUGUGCCGCAUCCCCAACAAGUCCAUGCUAACGUUCCGCGGGGGCCAGAUGGGUUGCUUUACUCUGCGCUUUUCUCCUGAUGGCAGAGCCCUGGCUGCAGCCUGCGCCGAUCGGGAUGCCUUCCCUGUGAUCGUGUACGAGAUCCCAUCUGGCAAAGUCCUGUCUGCUUUCAAUGGCCACCUCAGCAUUAUAUAUGAUCUCUGCUGGUCCAGGGACAACAACAGUCUGCUGUCAGCCUCUUCCGAUGGGACUGUCAGAAUGUGGAAUGUGGAAAGGCGAGAUCGGAUCGCCCGGAAGGUUCUGCCUCACCCCUCUUUCGUGUACUGUGCUCAGUACCACCCCUCUGCCCAGAACCUGGUAGUGACCGGGGGCUACGACUGCCUGGUGCGCGUGUGGGACGUUGACGUCCACAACGUCAACGGCCAGCUACUACAGGAGUUUGAGGGCCACAAGAGCUUCAUCAACUCCCUGUGCUUUGAUGCAGAGGGGCUGCGGAUGUUCUCUGGGGACAACGCGGGGCUGCUUAUCACAUGGAACACAUCGGUAGUUGGUGGUUCCCCCCAGAACCCAACUCACCGAUGGGGCUUCGAAAGGGAAAUAGAGGAACCUGAUUUGAAGGGUGUUCCUGUCAGCAUGCUGGAAGUGCAUCCAAAUGGACGUCGUCUCCUGAUCCAUGCCAAGGACAACGUUGUGAGGGUCAUGGAUCUGAGAAUACUGGCUGUACAAAAGUACAUUGGAGCAACAAACUACCGGGAGCACAUUCACAGCGCCUUCACCCCCUGCGGCAGCUUCAUCUUCUCAGGGAGCGAGGACGGCAUGGCCUACGUUUGGAAUGCUGAGACAGGUGACCAGGUGGCUGUGUACUCUGAGCUGUGCUAUCCCACACCCCUGCGGGAUGUGGCCUUCCACCCGCAUGAGAACAUGGUGGCUUUCUGCGCAUUCGGACUGAGCCAGCCCGUGCACGUCUAUUUGUACGACCGCAAAGUUACCCAGAUGGAAGUGGAGAGUAUGAAAGGGAUGAACAGGACUGGCUCAGUAGACACCGGAACGUUGCAAACCUUGUCGAACGUGGCGACCUUCCAGGACUCCACUGUGACUGCUAUGGAUCGAUUUGCCAGCACGGCACGCAUGUCGCUGAAGAUGCAGCACGUGAAGCAGAAGCUCGACUCUGUUCUCAAUCCUCGUCAAAACAUUUCAGCAGUGGACUACCGCUAUGAUCAAGCAGGUGGGGGUUCUGACAUUGGCUACUUGGGGCAGGUCCCUCCCAAUCUCAUGACUCCUGGAACCAGUGCACUCCGCCACACCAUUGGCACCAACCUCUCUCUGCCUGUUCCAUCCCUGCUCUCCCCUCACUCCAAGCUCAAUUUUUCUGGCUCCCUGGCCCCUCGUCUUAACCCGCAGCCCUUUGCAGGUUUUAGUCCCGUUGGGCAGCGAUUCACCCACGCACCAUCUCUCAGAGUUCAGACGGUAUACAGGUUUCUUUUCCCUUUUGAACCUGACCAGGCAUCUUCGGCUCUUCGAGUGGAGGCAGAUGCACCGGUCCAGCAGACAGUGGUGUCCCUGUAUGACUACAGCGCCAACCGUUCUGAUGAACUGACAGUGCGACGCGGUGACGUCAUCUGUGUGCUGUAUAAGGACAACGACAACUGGUGGUUCGGCCGCCUGGCGAACGGACAGCAGGGCUAUUUCCCAGCCAAUUAUGUGGCUGACGAGGGGGGGCUGGAGGCAGAGCUGUGUCAUGCCGUCGAGGGAGAGUUUGUGCAGGCGGAAGAGCCAAACCAAUCAGCUGAUAGAUCCACCCCAACAAAGGUGUCGGCUGCUGUCAGCAUUUCAGGGGAGCUCAAGUUUAUUUCAGAGCAGGACACUGACUCUGAGAUACCCAUCCCCACGGUUCAAAAAAAGAAGAAAAAGGUGAGGAAGCCAGACACCAACACAGUGGUCACCCUUAUGACCUCAGCUGUGUCUGACCCCAGUGUCUCCAGCACAUCCUCUAUGAGGAGGAAGACCAAAACUAGGGACAGGCCCAUCCCACAGAGAGGACAAGCUAACACCGCCUUUGAGCCAGACGGCUAAAUAACCACCAACAUCAGCAGUUCCCAGGCUGUGACCGAUGGAAUCGAAUAUGUCAGUGAUGGAACGUCAAAGCUCCAUGAAUCACAGGACAGGGUAGUUGUAGUGUCAAAUACUGGCUUGGUUGAACCAAUAAAAAUACAAUUCUACCCAUAGCAAGACUGAGUGGUUCAAGUCAUGGAUUUGCUCUGAACUGAUGUUGUCUCCACCCAUUUUGGGUUCAUGAAGCCUCACUCUCCCAUCACCAGGAUUUAACUUAAGAAAAAAUAUAUUCUAAAGAAAGUCUUACCCUGAUUUCCAAGUUGUGGUCCAUCAAAAAAUAUUUUUCUUCAAGGUUACAGAAUGACCUAUCUUAAGCCAUGAGGUGCGUUUUCCCUGUGUACUAAAAGCUGAUGGAGAUUAUAAGAGCCACUAUAGUGCGGCUAACUGUUAAGUAAUGGCAGUCCAGUUUAAAAUAUGGGGUACAUACAAUUGGGCACCUGUAGUUAAAAUUUCUGUUACAAUGAAUGUGUAUGUGAUCAAAAGCAAAUUUGAACUCUAAAUGGUACAGAGUUAAGCAUGAGACCUUUCUGCAAAUUUUAAUUUUAAUUUUUUUUGUUGAGGAAUUUUGGAUUGUUUUUUGUUACUUUUUAAAAAGAUGAUUACUAAGGCCCUGAUGAUUUCCUCAUUCCAGGGCUGAACUUUUAAUUCUGUAGUAACUGCAUACCUUCUGAAGUAUCCAACUGCAGUGGCUGUGCUGUCCGGAGUUAACAACCAUGGUUUAACAAAACAGUUGUCCAAGGAUUUCAGAAUGAAGAUGGUUCCACCAAGAAGGAGAAGGCUACAAAAACUCAAUGUUUCAAACUACCUAUUUCCACUGUCAGAAACAUUAUUAGAAAAUAUUCAGAAGAAUAUUUAGAGGUGUUCUGCCAGGAAGAAUGGGGAAAAAUUGAAAAGCGAGAAUUGAAAAACUAUUAGCAACUACAGGAAGCGUUUACAAGCUGUUAUAGUUGUCAAAGGAGGAGUUACAAAGUACUAACUGACAGGGUUCCCAGAACCUUUUCACAUCCCAGAGCCUUUUUCCUUUUUUUUCAUUAUUUUGAGACUGUAAAAUUUUUUUUAAGUGAUCUUGCCUUAAAAUGUGAAGAAAUGUGUCAUGUUUAACAUUGUACCAUUUAAAGGGUAGGUUCACUUGUAUAUUAAUUGUAAAAGGCUUUUUGACCAGGGGUGCUCAUAUUUUUGCACACUACUGUAUACAAGUUACACUAUAUGUGUACUUUCUUUCUUUUUUGUGUACAUUUUUUUUGUGCAUUAAUUUUAUAUAGCUCUUUACAAUAUAAUGCAAUACAUUUUAUAGAGAAUAGUUAUAUUUUGUAUCAAUUUAUGAUUUACAUAAUGUACACUAAAGACAGGAGGUUGCAUUACUAUUGAAGUAGUUUCUCAUUUUGGCACUUGAUUUAUUUUUUGCUAUAUAUGUACAUGAGGAACAUAACCUUUUGUCUUUUCAAUGUUACAUACACUCACUGAGAACUUUAUUAGGAAUACUGGGUAGGGCUUUGUUCUCAAAACAGCCUCAAUUAUUUGUCCACAAAUGUUGAAAGCAUUCCUCUGAGAUUCUGUUCCAUGUUGACAUGGAAUUUGUGCAGAUUUUUCAGCUGCACAUUCGUAUUGCGAAUCUCCCAUUCUACCACAUCCCAAAUGAGUUCUAUUGGGUUCAGAUCCGGUGACUGGGAAGGCCACUGAAGAAGAUUUAACUCAUUGUAAAGUUCAUGAAACCAGUUUGAGGCGACUUUUGCUUUGUGACAUUGUGCAUUAUCAUGCUGGAAGUAGCCAUUAGAAGAUGGGUACAUUGUGGCCAUGAAGGGAUCCACAUACCCAAAUAGGCUGUGGGAUUCAAGCGAUGAGAUCACAUUUUUCCCCCCAUUCUGAUGCUUGAUGUGAAUAUUAACUGAAGCUCCUGACUUGUAUCUGCAUGAUUUUAUGCCUUGCUCUGCUGCCACACGAUUGGCUGAUUAGAUAAUCGCAUGAAUAAGUAGGUGAACAUACUGUUCCUAAUAAAGUGCUCAGUGAGUGUAUUUGGACAAAGGAUUAGCAUAUCAUGCUACAGAGCAGAUUAAGUAGCAGGCAUCUUUGGAUUACAGAAGGUUAAUUAAUAUUUGUUACCAGAUAAUCGUGCAAUUUGUAUUUGGUCCGAACAUUUCAGAGAUCUUAUUUAUUUCUGUAUAUAUGAGUCUAAUAAUUGAUUAAUGUUCACAAUUCUGUGAAAUAAAAUCCAGGAGGAAUGACAAUAUCUUGAAAAA